CUCCUCAACAGCCUCACAUCAUCAAAGUCGGCGGCUAGACUCGACGACGACGACGACGCCCAGCAGACCUUUUCAACUCUUCUCCCGUCGAUAAACAAACCAAAUCUGUCAAUAUGGGACACCCGGCAGGCCUGCGUUCGCGCGGGAACGCGUUAUGCAUUCUCUCGCGACUUCAGGAAGAAGGGCAUGAUCGCCCUGUCAACCUAUCUUCGUCAAUACCGUGUCGGAGACAUCGUUGAUAUCAAGGCCAACGGUGCUGUUCAGAAGGGUAUGCCGCACAAGGUCUACCACGGCAAGACUGGUGUCGUCUACAACGUUACCAAGUCGGCCGUCGGUGUCAUCAUCUACAAGAAGGUCAAGCACCGCUACAUUGAGAAGCGCAUCAACCUGAGGAUCGAGCACGUCAUCCACUCGCGCUCGCGUGAGGGAUUCCUGCGCCGCGUUAAGGAGAACGCCGAGGCCAAGAGGAAGGCCAAGGCCGAGGGCACCACCAUCCAGCUCAAGCGCCAGGCCCUCCAGCCCCGUGAGGAGAGGACCGUGUCGACCAAGGACAACAAGCCCAUCAGCCUUGCCCCCGUCGCCUACGAGACCACGAUUUAA